UGUACGCUGUGUGUGUAAACCCCUGUGUGAAUCACGUUCCAAGUUCCGUAAGGGUUCUCUCUGCUUAUGCAUCAUCCGAAUAAAAUCCUGAAAAAGAAACGAAACUGAAACGGCAUGUCAGAAGUAUCGAGUGAACCUCAAAGUAAUCAGGACUAUUGUUUCAAAUGGAGCGAUUACCAGAAUCAUCUGUCGACAGUAGUCAGACAAUUGCUAGAAGAGGAUUCCAUGGUAGACGUUACGUUAUGUGUUGCUGGAGAGCGCAUUCAUGCACAUCGAAUUGUAUUAUGCGCCUGCAGCACUCUAUUUCAAGAAAUUCUGAGUGAAACAAAAGAGGAUCAUCCCACCAUUAUCAUUAGUGACAUAUCAGCAGAUGAUGUCAGGUCUAUUGUGGAGUUUUCGUAUCAGGGAGAAGUUAGAAUACCUGUGGAUAAUAUAACAAACUUGUUGGACGCUGCACAGCUGCUGAAAAUCAGUGGAUUAAUGGAGAUUGAAGGACUCGAUGAGAACGAUUCGCCCGCAAGUAAGGACCCAACCGAAGAAGUGGAAGAUCCCGGAGUAUCGCCAGAUCGCGAAGAGAACGUGGUAUCGAAUCCAGUUGGACAGCAGACAGACGAGGACGCGGACGUUGACGAGGAUGAUUCCAAUGGUAAAAAAAAGAAGGAGAGAAAAAAGAAAGAUACCUCGAAAAAGGAGUACAAUGAGGCAAUGCUGGACACAGCUAUAAAUGACUUGAAGGAUGGGAAAACGUUGAUUGAAGCUUCGGGUAAGAAUCAUAUCCCGAGGUCGACCCUCUACAUGAAAGCGAAGGCACUCGGCAUUCAGUUACAUGCAGCCCGAAAUGAAUAUCCCGCGGAGUGUAUGCAGUCUGCUAUCGACACAGUCCUCGGUGGUGCAAGCCUGCAACAAGCAGCUGAAAUGUACGGAAUACCAAAGACUGUUCUUUGGAGGCGAAUACAAAAGGAAGGAUUCCAAAUAAACAGACCAGAAAUGAAGAGACAAUACGCCUCUGAGAAGCGACUUGCUGCUGUGAAAGCACUCGAAAGAGGAGAAAGGCUCACGAAAGUCUCUAAUGAGUUCAAUAUACCCAAAACGACUUUGUUCAGAGAUAAAGCAAAACUGGUAGACGAGGGGAAAUUACCAGAAUCUUUCUGGAAGAAGCGAAAAACUGACGACGAAGGCUUGAAAAAGAGUAGACUUGAGAAGGCAGUGGCAGCCUGCAAAGAUGGUAGAAUGUCCCAAGCUGCAGCAGCUACACUUUAUGGCAUCCCCAAGACCACGAUUUGGAGAAAAUUGCAGCAGACCAAUAAGAAGAAUGAGGAUGACCCAAGUCCUCAGGUUUCAAAGAGAAGAAAAAAGGAUGAUGUUCAAAUUAAGAGUGAAAGUGUUAAAGAUGACUUUGCUCUGUGUGAAGUCGCUGCAGAGAUCCCCAUAACCUACAUCGAUGAAGACAGUAUUCCCCAGGAAUCAGUAAUAAUAUUAACAACAGAAGACGUCAAUCUUAGUCUAGAGGAGAAUCGUCAAAUAAUUGUCAACGAAGAUUCUGACCAAGAGUAUAUUCCCUGUUCAAUAAGAAUCGACCAAAAUACAAACUACAAUCCAGUAGAGAGUUAGAACCCCUUCAAAAACGUUUUUCAAUCCUUAAUGUAUAGAUAAGCAAAUGAAUUAUAUUGUGAUUCUGUAAAAUUGAUAUUUUAUUGAAAUAGACUUAUUCGAAGA